CUGGCACGUUCCGGCAGCGCCAGUGUCGUUCCGACGACGACGACGACAACGACGACGACGAAGACGACGACGGUGACGAUCACGGCCACGAUCACAGGGACGAGGACGAAGACGACACGCCGGCCAGAUCGACCCCCGACUCGUCACGCGAUUCAUCACUUGUCUUUUCCGGGACCGCUGUUUUCUAUCAACGUGAAAUCAAACAUCAUAAAAAUCCCGUCUUCGUCGCCGGUAUUAUUGGCCAUUAAGUACCCCACAUACACACCGGUAUUGAAAACCUGGUAUCAUCUAUCUACGAUGAGGUAGUCACCGGCUGCUUCUGUCAAAAUCAGCUAACGCAAGAAAGGUGCUUGUGAAGGACCGCAUUGAUCCUUGCAAUCGGUCCCGCUAAAGUCAGGCAAAAGAGUGAAAACGAAGAAACUAGGCAGACAGAGAAGCAGAGGACUCGGUGAGUUGGGUGAAAAUCGAUGGCCAUCAGCGCCCAUGGGCGGCCUCGCGUUUAGGACAAGGAAUAGCCCCUCCCAGAAGACCUCGCUCCGGUGGGGUGACUGCUGCCCCCCAAACCCCAACCCAACGUCGUCGUCGGCCGUUUGGAAGCAUCGUCAUCAGGACAUGCCGCCGGUGCCCGUGUGAGGCUGCCCCCCGCUGUUGCGUGAUUGUUUCUCGCGGGGAUUUCAAAGAUAUCCGAACGAUCCGAAAGCGGAUCAGCCGCCGAAUCUCUCGGACUUACGUCUCCGUCAGCUCGAGCUCGACAUCUACUCCCCGAAGAUGAUCAACAUCGCCGGAGUGAUCUCAAUCGUUCUGUUCUACCUGCUGAUUCUGGGCGUCGGAAUAUGGGCGGCCAGAAAGAAGGAGGCGGGCAACGACUCCGAGGAGGAGGUCAUGCUGGCCGGCCGCUCGAUCGGGCUCUUCGUCGGGAUAUUCACGAUGACGGCGACUUGGGUCGGUGGCGGUUACAUCAAUGGCACCGCCGAGGCAAUUUACACCAAGGGCCUAGUAUGGUGCCAAGCGCCCUUCGGAUACGCCCUCAGUCUCGUUUUCGGUGGUAUUUUCUUCGCGAACAAAAUGCGACAGCAGGGGUAUGUUACAAUGUUGGAUCCGCUUCAAGAUGCGUUCGGGGAGCGCAUGGGCGGUCUUCUAUUUUUGCCCGCUCUGUGCGGUGAGGUCUUCUGGGCAGCGGGCAUCCUCGCGGCCCUCGGCGCCACGCUGGCGGUCAUCAUCGAUAUGGAUCAGGGCACCUCUGUUAUUCUAAGCGCCUGCAUCGCGGUUUUCUACACCCUCUUCGGCGGUCUCUACUCCGUCGCUUACACCGACGUUAUUCAGCUCUUCUGUAUUUUCAUCGGUCUGUGGAUGUGUAUUCCGUUCGCUUGGACCAAUCCGAAGGUGGCGUCUCUCGGUUCUAUGGAUGUUGAUUGGAUCGGCAAGGUGCAGCCCGAAGAGUUUUGGUAUUAUUUGGAUUACGGUUUACUUUUGAUAUUUGGCGGUAUACCGUGGCAAGUGUACUUCCAACGUGUCCUCUCCUCCAAAACUGCCGGGAGAGCUCAAAUAUUGAGUUACGUCGCCGCCUUGGGCUGUAUCCUCAUGGCCAUUCCCCCUGUUCUAAUUGGAGCAAUUGCUAAAGCAACUCCUUGGAACGAGACGGGAUACACCGGCCCUUAUCCUUUCACGGAGACGGAGACCAGCAUGAUUUUGCCGUUGGUUCUGCAAUAUCUGACACCGGAUUUUGUUUCCUUCUUCGGGCUGGGAGCUGUGUCAGCGGCGGUGAUGUCUUCUGCGGACAGCAGCAUCCUCUCUGCUAGUUCGAUGUUUGCUAGAAACGUUUACAAAUUGAUCUUCCGUCAGCGGGCGUCGGAGAUGGAAAUUAUCUGGAUAAUGCGCGCGGGAAUCGGCGUGGUCGGCGUGCUGAGCACCGUGAUGGCCCUUACGAUACCAUCGAUUUACGGUCUCUGGUCGAUGUGCUCGGAUCUGGUCUACGUGAUCCUGUUCCCGCAGCUGUUAAUGGUAGUUCACUUCAAGGAUUAUUGCAACACCUACGGUAGCCUCUCGGCGUACAUAAUCGCCUUCCUGGUGCGCAUUAGCGGCGGCGAACCGAUGAUGGGUCUCCCCGCGCUGAUACACUAUCCGGGUUAUAUCGAGGAGACCUCCAUGCAAAUGUUCCCGUUCAGAACGCUGGCGAUGCUGAUGUCGCUGAUUACUCUGGUGGGCGUGUCGUACGGCACUCAGUUCGCUUUCCUCACCGGUCGGUUAGCGCCGGGUUACGACGUCUUCAGAUGCGUGGUGAACAUACCGGAGGACGUAGAGCGAGUCGGUCCGGAUCCAGCCGAGGGUGAACAGAUGGCGGUCCUGGCUGCAGGUGUCGGUAGGCUCUACGGCAGCAAGGACGAAUCGAACGGCCGAGUGAAUCCUGCACUCGAGCCGGACUACGACAUGGAGCCGGGAUGUACGAUGGUCGGAGGUGCGCCGGACGGCGUUGUCGGUGGCGGAAGUGCCGUCGUUGGUGGCGGUGGUGGCGGCGGUGGCACCGGGGGUCACAUGGUACCCUCUCACGUGCCCGGCGUCGCACCCCGACAACCGCAAUCCAGCACCGCGUUUUAACUCCUGGUUCCGUGAUCGGAUGCUGUGACCAACAAUAAGUGCGGCGGUGUGGGUCUCUGUCUUUCGUUUCUCUUCCUCCCUCGUCUCCUUCUCUGCUCCCCUUCUCUUUUCUAGUCGUUUUAUCCUUCUGCUGCGAUAUUUUAGAGGUUGACUAUUAACUUGAGAGUUUGAGACAAAUGUUUAAUAAAUUCAUACGUUCGGAAAUUAUGUUCAAUUUUAUCAGUGAAUUGUCGCUAUCAACAAACUUUAGUUCGCAUGUUUUACUUUCAAAUAUUAUUACAUUUAACGUUAUUUAUUACAGACUAUUUGUUAAAGAUGUUUAGUGAUUAAACUGAUAAGAAAAAUUGUAAUUAAAAGUUAACAAUAGAAUUUUCGAUACGUCGUAUUGAUUUGCAUCUCUAAUUUAUUAAUGCAUUGUCAUGUAUAUAUGUAUAUUAAUUGCUUUUAUCAGUAACAUGUUUCCGUGAUUAUCGCGAAUAUCGUGAUCGAUAUAUCGGCACGAAUUAUUUAUCUCAAGAAUGUUCUCGUAUCGAUCGAUUUUCCGACUUCUCCAAUUGAUUACGCGAAUCUUCAGUGUUCUUUUUUUUUUCCUACCCGUCCUACGUCCACGAAGCUCCGAGACGACCCAACAAUGCGAUGGUUUGUGGUAAGUUACACGAAGUUUCUUAUGUAUUUGCGCACGUGUGUGUAUGUGAGUGUGUAUCAAUAUAUGAGAAUAUGAGAUGCGUGUUGCGUGUCUGCAUGUGCGCGCGUGUGUUGCACGCUAUUGGUGCCCGUGUAACGAUCUGUACCUGCCCGCGCUCGCUCGUGUUCGUGUUCUGUUGCUGUUCGGAAGGGAAGAGUAGCUAUAAGUACUGAGAGACUGAGGGGAGAAAAAACUCAGAGAAAAAAAACGAAGAGAGAGACCGAAAAGUACACGGUUAUGCGAGAAACAAGGGGAUAAGCGUAGUGUUUCCAAACCGGAAGUCGGAGCUUCGGACGUACCUGGAUCGGGCGUCCCUGUCCCGCACCGCCAAUUAGGCCUAGUGAUUUUUCCUUGUUUUUUUUGGAGAACUAUAUAUAUAUAUAUAUAUAUAUAUAUAUAUAUAUAAAAUAGGUAUAUAUAUAUAUAUUAAUAUACAAUUAACAUAUACAAAGAUAUUAUAUAUAUUUAGAGUUUAACAAAAAAAGCUGCUUAAGAGUAUCUCGAAAUACGAAUGGUCUGCCUGAUCAGAGAAAAUCUCAAAGGUAUCGCGGAGGUUCUUAUUAAAACUCGAUCGAUCGGGAGUUUAUUUGUGCGGCGUGGACGUAUCACUUUGAAAAUGAGACGUGUCACGAGAAUCCACUAUAAUACAUAAAACAAUAAACAAAUAUUGAAAUAUUAAUAUUUUCUUUGCUUUAGAUAUAUAUGUACAAAACCUAUA